AUGUCUACAAACAUCAAGUUCAAAGUUCCUAUCCUGAAAGAAGACCUCAGUAACUGGGUCAUCUACAAGCAACGUGUCCAGACUGAAGUCGUGUCACAUCGCUUAGGACGACAUAUGACGGGAACGAUUCGACCACCCAGACGUGUCACUGAAAUAUCCGGAGACUUUUACCUCACCGGAAGUGCGACGCCGUUAACAGACGAUGAGUACGAGAAGUGCAUGGAAGCUCGAGAUGAGUAUGAAGCAAAGGAAGCACAGCUCUGCAAAAUCCUCUACGAGACCAUCCCAAUUUCACUAUUCCUGCGUAUUCGGGAGGAAGUCACUGCCCACGAUACCUGGAAACAGCUCUGUUCAGUCAUAGAGGAUAGACCUCCCAUCAGUGCCGACACUCUGCACCACAGAAUGAUGAGCCUUCGUACCCCUGAAGAAGGAGAUAUCCGAGAAACACUCACCCAGCUUCAAAUGUGGUAUGACGAGCUUGCUGGCAUGGGACACCGUGUUCCCGACGACUCUUUCAUGACAUACAUUCGCCAAUGCUCUGCUGCCAACGUUACUCACAAUGGCGAGGUGAUUGAUACGGGCGCAACGCGCCACUUCUCACCCAUCCAAUCCAACUUCAAAAAUCUCGUUCAAAUUGCUCCGUCUCCAGUUACGGCUGCCGACGGUCGAUCAUUUGUUGUCACAGCACGAGGAGAC